GCGAGGGGGCAAGUGAGUGAGUGGGUGAGUGAGUGAGCGAGCGCAACCCAGCUCACAGACUAGCCAUCUCCACACAGGCGUAGCGAACUGCGUGGGUAAACGGAGUGUUUGCAUCGGGCUCUACUGCAGUAUUUCAAACUGAUUUUUGUAUGUGUUUUACACCUGUUACAUAGAGAGAAGGCUUUGCUUUUUCGGUCGAUACUUUUACAUAGAGAGAAGGCUUUGCUUUAUCGGUCGAUACUUUUUCUGGAACUUCAAAAGCGUAUCAUUCCUUUUUGGAGGAGUUUCAGAGGGACGCGUUUUAGAUAUGGACAGUCGGGAGUCUACUGCAUGGGAAGACUCGCCGGUGUCACCAUUUGCCUAGUAGGCUCCUAGUCAACGGAAUUGGAAACUCACUACCUGGGACUUUUUUUGUGGAUGUUUGAUGAAGCGCUUUUCGCACUUGACUGAUUCUGGGAUACCUUGGAUUUACAAGGAACCGGGACCUAUCGUGUCUUUCGAUUGUUUUAGUUUCCCCCAGUUGACAGGAACUCUCGCUUUCAAAGUCGUAGUGAAAACAUGGAGACUGUAACUCGACAAAGCUUCCAACCUCACCCAGGACUGCAACAAACUCUCAAGCAGUUUCAUCUGAGUUCUAUGAGCUCCCUCGGCGGACCGGCGGCUUUUUCUGCUCGAUGGCCACAUGACCUCCUGUUCAAGAAGGAUGGGAAAGAGCCCGAGCCCGUGCUGCAUCUGCCCAUGCAACCGCCGACAGUGAUGCCAGGGCCUCUCUUCAUCCCGUCCGACCGCUCCACUGAGAGGUGCGAGACGGUCUUGGAGACGGAGACUGUCUCCUGUUUCGUGGUCGGCGGCGAGAAACGUCUGUGCUUGCCGCAGAUCCUCAACACCGUCCUGCGGGAUUUCUCCCUCCAACAGAUCAACUCGGUGUGCGACGACCUCCACAUCUACUGCUCCCGGUGCACGGCGGAACAGCUGGAGAUCCUCAAAGUCAUGGGAAUUCUCCCAUUCUCCGCGCCUUCCUGCGGACUCAUCACCAAAACUGACGCGGAGCGCCUGUGCAAUGCCCUGAUUUACGGGGGCACCUACCCGCCGCACUGCAAGAAAGAGUUCUCUGGCUCCCUGGAGCUGGAGAUCACGGAGAGAAGCUUCAAAAUAUACCACGAGUGUUUCGGAAAGUGCAAGGGUCUCUUCGUCCCGGAGCUGUACACCAGCCCAAACGCAGCCUGCAUUCAGUGCAUGGACUGCAGACUCAUGUACCCGACACAUAAAUUCGUGGUGCACAGUCACAAAUCGUUGGAAAACAGGACUUGCCACUGGGGCUUUGACUCUGCGAACUGGAGGGCAUACAUCCUAUUGGGCCAGGAUUACACAGGGAAAGAGGAGAAGGCGCGCCUGGAGCAGCAUUUGGACGAGAUUAAAGAGAAAUUUGACUUCGCCAACAAAUAUAAGAGGAAAGCAUCAAGGGCAUCAGAUCCCAUCCCAGCCAAGAAGUCUAAACAUGAAGACUUCCCAUCGCUGCCCCUGUCCGCUGAGAAAGAGAAGCAACCCGAUUGGUUAAGAUCCCUCUCGGCUUCAGACAAUACGGGGCUCAACUGCAUCCAGCCCAGACAGAGACCGUCAGCUUUCAGGCCCUGGUCCCCUAACCUCUCGGCUGGGGACAAAGAGACGCCCAACCGCCCUCUGGCUACACUGAGAGACAGCUUCUACAACUUCAAGACGAUGGAGAGUGCCGUGGCCCCAAACGUUGCCCUCACGCCCCUCCCCCUGGCAAAGGCGGGGCCACUGUCCCCGUCCGUGCCCAGCACCUUCCAACCCAGCGCCAGGGAGGCCCCAGGAGAAGGGGCCAUCCCCAGGCCCCGGAAGAGGAUGGCCACCGUGGAGCUCCCGCACCCAGGCCCCGAGCCCCUCUGCCCCCCAUCAGCAGCAGCCAGCAAGCCCCCACUCCAGGAGGACUCAGAAGUUGAGAUUGAGGUGGAGAGCCGAGAGGAAUUCACUUCGUCCCUUUCCUCCCUCUCCUCCCCAUCCUUCACCUCCUCCAGCUCGGCUAAGGACCUGAGCUCGCCUGGCGCACAGGGCCCAGUGUGUACAUUGACGUCGGCUGUAUUGACCCCAGAGGGUGGCCCUCUUACUGGGGUAGCAGCAGCAGCAGUGGCAGUGGUGUUGGCCCCUGAUGUCCCCGGGGCCGGGGGUCUUGAGUCGGAGCUGGAGACCCUGAGGCACACACUGGACAGCGGGCUGGACUCCAAGGAGUCUAAGGAGAAGUUCCUGCAUGAGAUCGUCAAGAUGAGGGUGAAGCAGGAGGAAAAGCUUGGCUCAGCCCUGCAGGCCAAACGCAGCCUCCAACAGGAGUUGGAGUUCCUGCGGGUGGCUAAGAAAGAGAAGCUCAGGGAGGCCACGGAGGCCAAGCGGAACCUGAGGAAGGAGAUUGAGCGCCUGCGCGCCGAGAGCGAGAAGAAGAUGAAGGAGGCUAAUGAGUCGCGUAUGCGUCUGAAGAGGGAGCUGGAGCAGGCCCGGCAGCUCCGAGUGUGUGACAAGGGUUGCGAGGCGGGCCGCCUGCGCGCCAAGUACUCGGCACAGAUCGAGGACUUGCAAAUGAAGCUCCAGCAUGCCGAGGCAGACCGCGAGCAGCUCCGGGCAGACCUAUUGCUGGAACGGGAGGCCAGGGAGCACCUGGAGAGAGUGGUUAAGGAGCUGCAGCAGCAGCAGCUGUGGCCCAAGGAGCAGAACAAGCCAACCAAGGAUACCCCCGCCAACAACUAGCCCCUUCCACUAUCAACCCCCUUCCAAUCCCCCACCAUCAGCACCCCAAAACAAAACUACACCCUCCCCACCCAACCCAACCAGAGAGACUGAGAUAACAGAGACAAAAUAGAGAAAUGCAGAUAUAUCGAACCUCUAUAUGUGCACGUAUACAUCCUCACAAAAAAAUGUAUGAGUGCUUGGGUGCAUCCUUGACGCAAGAAACAAAGCAAGUCAAACUCUGUAUGUGUUACUAGGACAAGCACUGAAACGCACCUCUCCUCCAAAAACUGAAAAUUGAAUCUGAAGAAGAAGAAAAAAAUAUAGCACAAAAUAUGGUUGUGCCUGUAUUUUCUCUGAGACAAAAACUGGUGAACAUUUUGGAUACAGACUUUUCUAUGAUGAAAAAAAAUAUGAUAAUAAUACAAGAUAUUAGACUGGCCUGUUUAGAAACAAAAUGGAGGGCUUUCAAAACGGCAGAUGAGCCGAGCAGGAGGACUGGACUCUGCCCACGUGCCCCAGCAGGACUUCUACUCCGUUUCCCGUGAAGAAGUUAAAUAAUUUUAUGACGUUAUAAGCUAUUUAAGAGACUGCGUAGUGAUAUAAAAAAAAUAUUUUAAAAAAAUCUUUGAUUCUUUGUUCUAUCGGAGCUUAAAAAAAGAUUUACAAAAUAUAUUAACAGACAACAACAAGCAAGACAAACUACCACCAUGGUUCGUCGGUGGUGAUCCAAGUGAGCAGGCCAUUGUGAUCCACUGAGGAAAAGUUUCAUUUUUUUUUUUUGUACUAUUCCAGAAAUACAUAACGUUUACUAUGGGAGAGGUGAGGAGGAUUGCAUUGGACUAGAUAUUUUAUCUCUUUGGAACUUGUAAAGAACUUAUAAAGAUACACUUUGUGAUCAAUUUGUAUCUGGGUGCAAUCUGAAGCCCAGACCUUUGCCAGUUUCCCCCGGGACUGUUGGUUAAAACUAGCUUGCCUGUGUUUCCUCCUUUUCAUUUGAUUACCAAGAGUUGACAUGACUUGCUCAAAUUAAGAUAAAAAAUAAAACAUUUGAAUAUUAUGAUUUUAGGGCUGGAAGUGGCGCCUUUAGCCAGAACCACAAAAUGUUAUUUUUAAUUAAAUUAUGGUAUGUAAAUAUAGAUAUGUUUUUUUUACGUUACAAUUAUAAAUCGCACUUUGUCAUAACAAAAUACUGUUAUAAUGCAUUAUACUCCCACUAUUGUCUUCAAUCUUACAUUGGAGAGGACAUAUCCAUGACAAGAACAAUAUAAAUCCAAGUGAGCAUUUUGUUAAUUAUAUGCAACUCAUUUAAAUGCAAUGUAUUCAUGUGUUUAAGACAAAAUAUUGUAAAUAAAAUGAGAGAGAAAAAAGGGGUGUACAGGCUUGCUUGCUGAUACUGUUUGGGCUGUUGGAAAAAAAUGUAAUUUCAAUCAUUUUUUGGCACUAAUUGUACCAUUUUGGUUGUUUAAUCAAUUGACACUCCUCAAAAUAGAAAGAUAAUGGGACGUAGGAUUGCGAAACACAGAAUGUCUUUGAGUGCCCAACUCUCCUACAUUUUUGGUAUUUAUUAAUACGCCAAUGAUUCAUCGAAGUUCCAAGGUGUAAAACAGUGCUGUUUGACCAGUCAUGGAAAAGCAGUGAUUGUUAGAGUCCGAAGACACAUUGCUCACAUAUUUACCUGGGAGAAAUUCAUGAUUAAUUAAAAAAUACAUUUAAAAAUGCUCCAAAUACACAGUGGGUACAAUGCAAUCCGAAUGUACAUUGUGUUUAUGCCAUUUUCCUUUGGUUGUUGAUGUUCUUGUUGUUGUUUUUAAUGUGGGAUAUUUUUUAUUGCUUGUCUGUUUUUCCAAUCGAAAACUCAUAUUUUCUUUCAUAUGCAUGACAUUUGAGAAGGUUUGCCAUACAUAUAGUCAUUAUUGGGCAUUGAUACUGUACAUGUAAGGGUUUUAUUGUGUUAUGCAAUAUACAGCAAACAUGUAUUUUUUAAAGAAAAAACCCACAUUUUUAAAGGAAACUAAACUUUGUUUAUUACAUAGACCAGAAGAAGAACUACUUCACAAGUACACCCCAAAACACAACCCGAAGUUCAAAUGCAAUGCUGGACAACCUCAAGUGCCUGAAAGUGGGCAGAUGGUUUCCAGAUCAGGAACACUGACGAUGAAGUAAUUGUAGCUGGCCCAUAGGGACAUGCUCAGAGUCAACUCCACCAUGGGAUGUCAUUCCCGUCACAGUGCAGAUGUCAAGCCCGUCACACAGUGCAGACACUGUCAAUGGAGGGGAUACUUUCUUUUUGCACUCUCGAGGGGAGUAUCUAGAACAUUCUCCCUCCUCUCAGCACUAUCCCUCUCGACAGGCCUGACUUGACUACCUUUCUCAAGUUACAAGAUGACGCUAUUGCAGUUUACGGUAGUAAUUACAUUUACUCUACAUUAUCAACAAAUACAAUUUAAUUACUUUUAACUGCUAGAAAAACAAUAAUAUCUGUAAUUCAUUCAGAAAUGCUCUUUCAGAGAUAUGCAUGUCAAAAACAAUUAUAGGUAUCAACAGAAAACGUAUGUACCAUAGCUAUGCGGUAUUAUAAGGUUAAUCUUGGUUGUAGAUAAAGAUGUUAUACCAUUUUUACAUGAUCUGGUCUGUCCAUCCAAAGGUGGACAUCUCUGACUAGUGAAGAGGGCAUUAUGUUGAAGCCCCAUGUCUUAACCAACAUUAGAAAAGGGCAAUGUUAUUGAGAGACUGACACUGAGUUUGUGACUUUGACAGACCUUAAAUUGGCACAUUUUAUAGUUGUUUUUACACUCAAACAAAUUGAUAUUUGUAGUUUCCUUUUCAUGGUUUUCUACAAAAAGGGAGAAAAUGACGACAUUGGCUCUUCGCUCCCAAGUAAAAGAAAAAAAUGGUUAAAUUAUUUAUCAUUUUCUAAACAGGAACCAUUUUCCUAAAUGGAUGACAAUAAAGCAGCAAUAACAGUACAUAUUCAUAGACAAAACUAGCCAGUGUGAAGAUUAAAAAAGAAGAAUUUACAAAUGUAAAUAAUUUUUCAUUUACAAUAUUGUAUUAUAUAUGUACAAGGUUAAUCCUUAUUCAAAAAGAAAUCUUUUCGGACACAAUAGCUGUCUUGUUUUUUUGAGUUUGUGUUUUAACCGAGAACAUGUUUAAAAAAUCAUUAUUGCAGUGCGUUAGAGAAUAUACCCUACAUAAAUAUGUUUUUAUCCCAUUGUUUGGAUGUUUUUUUUUUUUUUUUACUGUAGAGUCUUUAUAUUGAAUGACUUUUUUCACCAGUUCAUAUAUAUUUUUAACAAUAUAUUCAAUAUCAAAUAGUUUACCCAUGGUAAAAAUGAGUCACACAAGAACUACCGCCACCUCGUAGAUUUUUUUCUCCCAUCCUUGUAUCUUUUUAGCCCUACGCUGCUGCUAAUACUAUACCAACUUUACAAUUCUAGAAAUAUUUUUAUGUAAGAGGAAAAUGUGUGCUUUCUCGUUUAUUAAUGACGCAUAUAGUAUGAAAAAAAAGCUUGGCUUAUUUAUCUAUUCCUUCCUUUCCCUUGUUUUAUCGCGCCUUUUCCACCUCCCCCCAUCGACACCCUCUCGCUCUCUCAUGACACGGACUAUAUUGUAAAGUAAAGGACUUUAUGAGAUUAUGUUUGAAAAUAGCUAUGCUUAUAUACCACAGUGACUGAAUGUACAGUGUAUAGAUGCAUUACCAGAAAUAAAGUUGUUUGUCCAGAU